UGUCUACAAGCCACAUGUGGCAGGUGUGAACAUUUCAUCUUUUCCUGUGGGGUUUGCAACUCUCUCCCCAGUCUCGGUCACUGCCUUUGGUUGUGCCACUUCCCUUUUCUUCUCGCCUGCACCUCCCUCAUCUUUCCUCUAUGAUGACCGCCCUGGGGAAGAGAAGCUGAGAGGAACUCCUCACUCAGCUAGCUUCAGGGGCCAUGACAUCAUCUCUACCAUGGAAAUUCCACUCACUCCCCUGAGCCCCUACAUUUGUCCCAGGCCUCACAGUCCCUAUAAAGAGAGAUUCCCAACUCAGUAUCAGCACGGGACACAGCUGGGUUCUGAAGCUUCUGAGUUCUGCAGCCUCACCUCUGAGAAAACCUCUUUUCCACCAACACCAUGAAGCUCUGUGUGGCUGUCCUGUCUCUCCUCGUGCUAGUAGCUGCCUUCUGCUCUCCAGCGCUCUCAGCACCAAUGGGCUCAGACCCUCCCACCGCCUGCUGCUUUUCUUAUACCGCGAGGAAGCUGCCUCGCAACUUUGUGGUCGAUUACUACGAGACCAGCAGCCUCUGCUCCCAGCCAGCUGUCGUAGGCAAGCAAGUGUGCGCUGACCCCAGUGAGACGUGGGUCCAGGAGUAUGUGAAUGACCUGGAACUGAACUGAGCUGCUCAGAGGCAGGAAGUCUUCAGGGAAGGUCACCUGAGCCUGGACGCAUCUCCAUGAGACACAUCUCCUCCAUACUCAGGACCCCUCUCCACAGUUCCUGUCCCUUCUCUUAAUCUUUUUUAUGUGCCGUGUUAUUGUAUUACGUGUUAUUUCCAUUAUUUAUAUUAGUUUAGCCAAAGGAUAAGUGUCCCCUAAGGGGAUGGUCCACUGUCACUGUUUCUCUGCUGUUGCAAAUACACGGAUAACACCGUUAAUUCCAUGUGUUUUCAUAAUAAAACUUUGAAAUAAAAUGCAGACAAUUUC